AUGUCAAAUAAAAAUAAUGAAGAAUCAUUAUAUGUUUUAGUUAAUACACCUGACCUUAGAAAAAGAUUCACAAUUUUUUAUGAAAAGAAUGAAAAUGAAAAAGAAAGUAUUGUUUUGGUAAUUCCAACAAAUCUUACAUUUUCAGGAUUUUUAGGAUUGUUAAUUAAUAAAUUUAAAUUAACAACAUCAGAUAGAUCACAUAUUAGAGUUAGAACAACUAAUGAAAAUGGUAAUCGUAGAAUUAAGAGUUUAGAUAAUACAUAUAAUAAUCAAAUAUUAAUUGUAUCAAUUAGUGCAAUUUCUGAUGUUGAUCCAGAUGAUGUUGAAGAGAAAAAACUAUUAACAACAUCACAAGAAUAUCAAGAGAAAUUAAAUAAACUCGAAUCUGAAAAUCAAUAUCUUUCAUUAUUCAAUGACGUAUCAGAGAAUAAGAAUAAGUUUUAUAAUUGUAUAAUUAAACAAUUAUUAACCUUGAAAAAUAAAGUUUUAAUUGGUGAAUCUUAUCCAUACCGUUGUAAAGUUUUAAUUUCAAAUAAUGAAAAAGAUUCAAGAAUUUGGUUUUAUUUAAUUGAAAAACCAACAACAGUCCAACUCGAUUAUUCAUAUGAAAUUAUUAUAGAAUUAAAUGAGAAUAAUGAUUAUGAAAAGAUAAGUUUAAAAAACAGAGAGAAUGAAUUAAAAGAAAUUAUUGAUACUCAAUUUAAAAAAGAUAAAAAUGAUAUCGUGGCAAUUGUUGCAUUGAUUCAACAAUAUUAUGAUAAUUGUAUGUUAAGUAGAAGUGGUGGUUCAAUUUUAGACACUUGUGUAAAUUUAUUUAAUGAACAUGAAUUAUUGAAAUCUGAAACUACGAAUAAGUUUUAUCAAGAAAUUUAUCAACGUUGUGAAAUGGUUUCAAAUCAUUUCAAUAUUCCACAUUCAGUGGCAAAAAAAUUAUUAUUUAAAAAUGGUUGGGAUGUUAAACCAGUGAUAUCAUUAGAUUGUCAAAGUGUUAGAACAAAUAGUUAUCCACAUAAAUCAAAGGAUAUUGAAUUGUAUAAAUUUAAAACACCACAAAUCACAUUGGUUGACCAAUCAAGUCAAUUUGAAAAAGAAUGUUCAAUUUGUUAUUGUGAAUAUGAAGUUAAUGAAAUGAUUGAAUUAAUUUGUGGUCAUUCUUAUUGUAUUGGUUGUAUGAGUCAAUAUUUUACAACAUCAAUUAAUGAUGGUAGUGGUGGUUCCAUUUCAAUUGGUUGUUUAACUGCCGAUUGUUUAAAUAAAUCAAUUGAUGAAGUUACUAUUGAAUCAUUAUCAAUUGAAUUAUGUAAAUCAAGAGGAAUUUCAUCAAAUUUAAUUAAAGAUAUUUCUUAUAAUUCAAAUAAUACGGUUCAUCCAUGUCAAUAUGAAGGAUGUACUAGAUUGGUCGCUACAGAUUUAAAGAGAAAAACAUUGGCUUUAAAAUAUUCCCCAUUCAUUAGUUGCAACGGUCAUGUAAUUUGUUUAUUUUGUAAGAAAAAUUCUUAUCAUUGGCCAGUACCAUGCAAUAAACCAGUUCAUAACGAGAGUGAUCUAUUUAGUUAUCGUUGGAUUGUUGAAAAUACCACCAUCUGUGGUAGAUGUAAAUUCCCAGUUGAAAAAUCAUGGGGUUGUAAUCAUAUGACUUGUUCAAGAUGUCGUUAUCAAUUUUGUUAUAGUUGUGGUAAAGAUUAUUCCGAUCAUGGUACUUGUACAGGUUCAAUGAUUGAUGAGAAUAGAAAAAAUAAAUCUAGAAUCUUUUUAGACACAAUUUCAAGCAAUAAUUCAAGUGUAGAUUCGUCAUUCAUUGAGGAGUUUCUCAAGGGUAAAUUCCAUAGUAAUGACCCAAUCAUUAAACAUAUCUAUCAAUCAUUAAUUUCAAACAUCACUGAAAGAACAUACACAAAUAAAAGACAUUUCGAUCUUUUACAAAAUGCUGUCUUCUUUUUACAUGCUUACAAUUCAAAUACCAUUGGUGUAAAAGAAAAAGCAGAUGCUUUAGAAUCUUGCCAAAAAACAUUAAAGAAAUUAUUAACUCAAAGUUUUUAUCAUCAUCAUCAAAAACCAUUAAUGUCAAAUAGUACUGGUGGUCAUUCUAAAAAUUCACAACCAGUUCGUUCAUUAUCUGUUACAGUUUGUAAAAAUGGCUCAAAGAAACAAUUAUUUAAAUUAUUUGUUAAUAGUAAAUUCAAUGAAUUUAAAGAAUCAAUCGUUAAUCAAUUGAAUAAACUUUUAAUUCCUGUUGAUUCAGAUUUGGUUGAAUAUGAUCCAAAGAAAAUUAGAAUCUAUAAUCUUUAUGGUGGUCAAAUUAAAUCAACAAAUGAAAUCAUCGAUAAUGAACCAGUCUUUAUCACAUCUUCAAUUCAUGAACAAUGGUUGGAACCACAAUUUCCAAUUCUUUCAGAACAAGAAAUUGAACAAGUUAGAUUACAAAUUGAAAAAGAAGAACAACAACAAGUUCAAGUUGGUAAAAUCACUUUUACAACUUUAAAACCAAAAAAAGAUAAAACUUCGACUCAUCUUUCAAAAUUAAAAGAUACAAUGGAAAAACAAUUAAAAUUACAAGAGGAUUUAAAAAACGAUCAAACUAUUACAAAUCUUAUUAAUUAUAGAAAUUCUUUAAUUAGUGAUGAUGAUAGUGGUGAUGAUGAUGAUGAUGAUGAUAAUGAUAAUCAAGAUGAAAAUACAAAUGGUGAACAAAAUAAUAAUAAUAAUAAUAAUAAUAAUAAUAAUAAUACUACUGAUGGUAAUGAUAAAAAUCAACAACAACAACAAUCAAAAGAAAGACCAAUUACACUCAGUGAUUAUGAGGAUUAUUAUGAUGAUGAUGAUUAUGAAGAGGCAUCGUAUAAUGAUGAAGGUGAUAGUGAAGAGGAUUUAAUUCAUGACCAAAUCAUGAAAAAAAAUAAAGGAAAAGAUUUUUGGUAA